CCAUCUCCUGUAGUAAUGUAUUUUUAGUCUCUGACCAUCUCCCAGAGUGUAUCUGCAGUUUCUGACAAUCUCCUGUAUCAUGUCUGCAGUGGCGACUGACAACUCAUGGGGCCCCCGGGCAAUAGGGGAUCAUGGGGCCCCUGUGUCCUUGCCUAAACUCAAAAAAGCCUAUGAAAAAGGUACCAGGGGCAUCUCAUAGGGCCCCAUUACUGACCAUCCCGGGCCCUCGUCUGCAAUGCCCAAAUUUCCAAAUGGUCAGUCUGCCCCUG